UCGAAGGUAAUGAGGAAGAAAAAGGACUUUGCUCACAGAGCCUUUAUACCGUGUGCAGGUCUUGUGAUGCUGCGGAAGUGUUUUGAUUUUCCCAGAGAGCAGACACUGACCGACAUCUGUAAGGCGAUUUAUCCAAACUGUGUGCACCCGUGACCUGAUCAUGGAAUGGAAGAGCAAUAUUAGGCGUACCCAAUCGCUGAAGAGCCUCAGCUCGUCAUGUGACAAGCCAGUCUGGACGGAUGCGGGGCUGCGGGACAAGACGACGUCAGUGUCCCAAUUGGUUGCCAGAUAUCAAACUGCUGUGAAAGGGAACAAAUCCAUUCAAGGACCCUCAGUAGAUAAUGAUGACAGAAAGCCAAACCAGGUGCUCAAGGAGAUAACGCCAUCUCGACUGGAAAGUAAAGAGACUCAUCUGGAGGCUCUGAUGAGGAAAAACAGUGAGAAGGAAAAGUCUCGAGCCAAAACCAAUUUGACCCGCAGCAAAUCAAUGAGCAGCCUUAAAAGCAGCACAGGGUCCAUAGAGGCCUUGAGAGCUCUGUUUGAGUCAAAGGCCUCUCUUAAAAACAACGCAAAGACCAGCCUUAGAGCUGCAGACUUCACAUCAAGUUACACGACAGACGUAUCAAAGAUGAACGGAGAGGUUGAGGAUGUACAGAUCGCUGUGGAGGAACAGAGAAUGGAAACAUGCACUGAUAAAACUGAUAUGAAGGAUGAUCGUAUAACUCGAAAGGUAGUAAAUCAGACUCAGCCAGAGAGGAGAAGAACAAUAGGGGGUAUUGAUUUUGAAAAAAUUGCAGCAUCUCAAGCUGAUGAAAAGAGGAGGUCAGCUGCAGACUUCAGAGACAGCUCUUUCGUCCAAACCAAGGAGAAACUUUCUGUCUCGGUGAAAGCAAUAUCAGCUCUCUAUCUGUCCAAAGCGGGAACCAAGGAAUCUGCAAACAGUCCUGUAAAAUUGGAACGAAAAGUGUCACGUGAGUCUGGGAAAAGAGUAAGCCAAAUCAAGAUGUCAGAAGACUCAAGUGUCCAAGAAAAGAAAGAGGACUUACCAUUACCUCCUUCAGCAAGACAUCAGCCAGAAUUAGAAGAAAGCUGUGGGACAAAUUCUCCGCAACCUAAUCUGCCCCAGCUUUCCAAAGAAAUGUUAUACCAACAGAGGCAGAAAUGUGAACUGAGGCGUCUGCUGAAGCACACCCAUCCAGAGCUGAAGAUGCUGGAUGAUGUUGUGGAUGAAGAGCUUGCUGAAGUUUUGAGCUCAGAGAGGAUGACAGCUGACGUAACCGGAUACGAGGGAGAGGUCCUUUCGAAACGCUUGAUAUUUGAGAACUGUGGCUCGAGUAACAAAGUGUCUCACUACACCCCCAAGAUGCACAUGGAAGGGGGACGUGAGAAACAAUGUGAUUUUAGUAAAACGCUGGCUGUUCUGGAGGAAACAAAAGAAACGCCUCGUGCAGAAAGUGCUAAAGAGGUUAUGGAAGCUGAAAAAUCUCUUGGUAUUAGUCCAGACACUGACAGAGAGUGUGAGGAAGAGACGGUCAGACUAGACGUUCAGGCUACCAGAAGGAUAUUUGAGAGUCAGUCUGUGAACAUGUCUGGGCCAAAUCUGGGUAAAACAUUCCAGGGAAAGGUUUCUAUUAACAGGGAUGAGACAAAGGAAGUCCAAAAACAAAAAAAGCAAUUUGAAAUGGCUUGUAGUGAGAGUAUACACAGAAAAAAUGAAAGCACAAGCAAUGAUUUAGCAACAGAGCCCCGUGAACAACCAUGUCCUCAUGUCAGUCAAAGAACUGAACACGACUUCUCAUGUAACGAUGAGUUUUCCACUGAGGAGGCACUCUUUGAAGAGGAGUCUAUAAGCUUAUCCGAUUUGGAAAAGAAUGAUGAAAUUAUUAAAACAAGGGCAGCUCUUUUUCAAAACAAUCCCUUUAUCUCCACCAACAUACAAAGAGAGCCCUCCGUUGUGCAUACAUCAAAAACUCAAAUCACAAGCGGUAGCGGUGCAAGUGAGGACAACACGACCACCAAUGUUAAAAACAGAACCCAUCUUUUUGAAUCAAUGCCAUUUGACAAAAUUAGACGUCAGAACGAGGAUGAAAUUGAGACAAUGGUGGAGAACAUCAAGGAAACGCUGAAUUUCCUGUACCAGAUUAGAGUCAUCCAAUCGUUUGGCUUUAUCAUUGAGGUCAAUGAGACAAUGAUUGCUAAAAAAGCUAAGUUUACACUAUCCGAGAGUGGGCCUGAGAUAAAACAUGACGAGGUGGCUGAAGGCGGUGCCCAAAACUUCAUACUCCAGUUGCUACCACGGGUAAACCUAAAACCUCAGGUCACUUACCUAAAGGAGGACAGCAAAGGGGAUAUCGAGACCACGGCGGUGACGGCGCCUGUUCAACAGCAGCAGUUCAAUGCGAACAAGGACACGGAGUUCAGAACUGCCAGUGUGGUUCAGCUUGUUGAGGAUAUUCUCAAUCAAGAUAACUCUCUGAGAAAAGGAGUGGUAAUCCAAGACGAUGACAACAACUGUGCCAAAGUCAUUGUUUACUCCCUCUACAAAUACCAUGAUGAGAAGGAUGUGAAGAGCUUCGUCCCUCCAAAAUGUGCUGAAUGUGAUCAAUCAGAGCUGGAAAGGGGUGACAUGAGUAAAAAAGGCCAUAAAGAAAUAAAAGUUGCUACUAAGUCAGUCCAAGGUGAUCUACUUGAACUCUCUCAAGAACAAACAUGCCCAGGAUCAAUAACACCUGAAGGGAAAGUAAAGGGUAGUGUAAAACUAUUCAAAAGCUGCAUUGAAAAGGGAGAUUUUGAGUAUUUAAAAAGUCUUCAGACUGAAGAAGCAGUUCAAGAACUCCCUGAAAACCAAACUAUGGCUGGACAGGAAGUUCUUCAUGAAAAGGAAAGUGAUCAAGUGCAGGAAACUACUGAGUGGGUACCCGUGGAUGUAAAGAGGCUUAAAAGCAUGUUCUCUGGAGACCCAAGUCAACACCAACCAAAGAAAAAGAUCCACAAAAAUGUAUACGCAGGUCAAAAUGUUUCUACAGAAUGCAGUUCUGGGGUAUUAUCUCAUGUGCAGGAAAAUUAUACAAGCAGUGAAUGUACUGAUGAAGAUCACGAGCUUGGUGCGCACGAAGCUCAAUUAGUCAAGAUGGUAGAUCAGAACGAACAGAUCUCUAACCUCCAAACUGCUCUGUAUCAGUCAUCACAAGAAAAACAAAAGACUAUUAUUCAGAAAUCAUCUGAGGAGCUCUUUCCCUCGGUUACAGCAGAUACUGUGAAACGCUCAAAAGUAGAAGAAGGAUUUUCUCAAGAAAACUUCACCUCAGCACAGAAAACAGAUUAUCAGCACAAAAAUAUAGAGACAAGCCACAAAGAUGCUACUCCUGAGGAAACACACACUCCUGAAUCGUGCAGCAACAAAGGCCAGGAAGGUGCAGGGGGGGUGCAGAAACAACCUUUAGAAACUCCUAUGGUCACUACACAAAGUUUGGAAACAAGUCCUGCGCAACAGGAGGAUGAGGAAGUUGUUUUUCACGGUAAAAUUAAAGCAGCUUUGCAAUCUUUAGAAAGAUCCAACGUUAAUGUCACAAGAGGAGAUUUUAAAGCAGCUAUGAUAUACAGAAACUCUUCAAAGCCUCACAGAGAAAAAGCGCAACACGUGGAUGUGGUGUCUAUUCAAACGACCAGUGCUGACGAGCUUUUCACUGUGACUGAAACUGAAGCAAGUCAAAUAUCAGUGAAGCAAGAGGCAACUGGAGCAAAUCCAGAGCCUCCACACCAAAACGAAACCCAGAGUAACCCAACAACGAGACUCAUUUUAGAGAAAAGCAAAAAGCCUACUGGUCCAAAACCAGCCAUUCCACCUAAACCAGAACAUCUGAAGGAGAAACAAAGCAAUAAUGAGUCAACCCAAAAUAAUUCUGAUAUCAAGGCAGAGGAGAAAAGAACCCAGGAUUUAGCAGCCAAAAGUGAUACGAGUGAAACAGAUGAAAGUCACAUAGAUUUCCAUGAUGCAUUUGAGAAAUUUGGAGGUAAAAAGACAAAGACUGCCCCUGUAAAGCCCAAAAGACUGAAAAUCCCCCAACCAGACAACAAAAACCUGAAACCAGUGGCUGGAAAUAAAGAAAUGUCUGUUCUUGCACAUGUGGAUCCAGAUGUGGCAGAAAUUACAAGCAAUCAAUCAUGUGACACCUGUGGAGAAACCACUGACAGUCGAGACAAGCAUGAGAAAGAAAUCAAGAAGCAAGAAAGCAAAGUCGAGAUGAGGGAAAAGAAAGGGCGAACUGAGACUGACGACGAGCGCCGACAGCGACUGUCAGUUCACAUGGAUGAGAUCGUGAGAGGGAACAUACCAGCAGCAAUGGAAAUAUUUGACAACUUACGAAAACAGCGGGAACUGCAGAGCUUUCUGAGCCGAGUUGAAGAAAUUGAAAAAGACACAAGUGAGGUUGAUGUAAGGUCUCUGAGGAGAGUAUUUGAGAACAUCCCCGAUUGGGUUGUCAGCUCUAACAAAAAGAAACAAAACAAGGUCAGAGCUGACAACAAAGACGAAAGGUUGCCAGUAUCAAGAGAAAACGCUGAAAACAAGCCAUCGAUGGCACACGUUUUUGGAGAUCUUGAGCGAGCGAGUGUGGAAAUCACGACUCUUAAAGAGGAGACUUUAGCAAGAAUCCUCGAUGUAGAGGAAGCAAUAAAGAAGGCACUUUAUUCCGUCUCUACACUGAAAUCUGACUCAGAUAUUGCUGGUUUAUCACGCCUGUUCAAAGAAUCCUUUGGGGUAAUACAAGGAUCCCCAUCCUCUGGCGGUGAUAAUAAAAUUAGCAUUGGGUCAAGCAGAACAAAAUCACUGAAAAGUGCUACCAUGCAGGGAAACACAACUAAUUCAGCAAGGCAAGAUGCGAGCACUGAUGAAGCCUCUGGGAAACCUCAGUCGAACCCUCCACCUUCACCUGCGUUUAUCACUAUCCAAUCAGCAGCUAGAAAGACAGAUAAAACCGACCUGGCACCACCAGAAGCUUUGAUCUGCCCAACAUGCCAGCAGAGCCAAAAGUUGGAGGAGACUUUUCGGACGACAAAGACACUGAUAUGCAACAGCCCUGCUCAAAACAGAAAUGACCCACGAAAAGAAGGUCAGAAACAAUCCACCUCCAUCCCACUCAGUCCUCGACAGCUGGUGCUCGAGGUUCAGACAGACUGUGACGGGAACAGUAUAACAGGAACAAAACCAGUCACCGACAAACAUGAGAAGACCGAAGAAUCCGGAACAAAGUUUUACUCUUCCAAGACCUCCGCUGUGGUCAACUCUCAGACAGAAACAGUGACAUCGUCCACAAGGCAUGUCGUAAUCAGUCCAUCUACAAUUCAGGUCACCACAGACCCAGAAUUUCAACCGGCUUCUCGAGAGAUGUGCUCAGCAUGUCUAAAGCCAGUCUAUCAGAUGGAAAAAAUAACUGCAGACAAAUACUUUUUUCACAAAGCGUGCUUCUGCUGCAAACAUUGCAAGAAAAAAUUAAGCAUGUACAGUUACGCACCUUUAAACGGUGAGUUCUACUGCAUAUUUCACUACCAACAACUGUUCAGACGAAAGGGGAAUUACGAUGAGGGAUUUGGACACGCUCAACACAAGGAUCGAUGGCUUUUGAAGAAUGCAGCUGAUUUGGUGCACGAUGAAUCUGAGGCAUGAGCAGUCAGUAGAAAUCUCAGAUGAGACGGUGACGGCACAGAAAACCCUGUUGAAUCUGUGUUUGAGGCCAUCCUGUCCAAGCUUUGCAGUGUGUUCAUGUGCUUCUUGUUAAUGAAUGAUAGCGUGCCGAGACAUAACCUACAACUUAAUUGCAAUGAUAGGUAACUAAUUUUAGAAACUGGGCAGGGCCUGUACAUACUCACACAUCGGAAUCAUCUCCUUGACACUGAGCUAUUUUUGUAAAUGCACUUUAACUUGUGCAUUUACUAAAAUAACUUUACAGCUUUUAAAAAUAAUUCUUGCAAAUACUUUUGUAAAAUGCAAAGAAUUAAACAGAUUAACAUUAAAUUAAGAAACUGUGUUUAAAGUACGAUAAAAAAAAAUAAAUCAGAAAUUAGCUUGAUUUUAUUAUUAUUGCAUAAAAGCAAUAACACUUGGGACUUUUUUUGUUGUUCUUGUUUUAUAUCGGUAAUACAAACUAUGAAAAGGCAAAUGCAUUAGGAUUAUUAUGUCUGUAAAGAUCAUAAUAAAGAUCUUUCCUUCACUUUCCAUUACUGCUGAA